AAUUUGUACAUUAUUAUUUAAUAAAAUUAAAUUUAUUGAUCGUGAAUCUUUAAAUGAUCUUUCUCUUUCCUACUUCGAAAUGUUUGUUUUCGGAUAUUCAAACCGGAAGUAGUAGAUACAGAUUUAGGAUUGCAAAACACGUUGACAACUGUUGAUGUCAUGUCAGGCCUGUAUACAUGUAUAACAUGCAGAGUAGGAUUUUCCACAUUGGAUCUUCAAAGAGGACAUUAUAAAACUGACUGGCACAGAUAUAACUUGAAAAGAAAAGUAGCUGAGCUCCCACCAGUCACUGCAGAUACUUUCCAACAGAAAGUACUUGCACAAAGAGAAAAAGCUGUUGAAGAUGAUGAGGUCACUACAGCUACAUGUGAAAUAUGUAAUAAACAUUUCAACUCUAAGAACCAGUAUGAAAAUCAUUUAAAAUCUAAAAAACAUAAAGAUGUUGUAACGAAACACACAACAAAGCUAAAAGAAGAAAUAGAAAAAAAUAAAGAAAAAAACACAGAACAUGCAGAAGGAGCAGACAAUUCUGAUUUGCCAGAAAAUGAAAAAAGAUUGAUGAAAGAUUGUGUAAAUAUGGCACUGAAAACCAAAAUAUCAGCUACUGCCAGUGGUGAAGGAGAUAAAUCUGGACCUGGAAGUAACAAAACACAGAUGGCUAUAUCAGAUGAAGAUGGUUCUGAUGUAGAAUCUGUGGAGGAUUGGGAAGAAAAUGCCCUUGGUAUUGAGGAAUGCUUAUUCUGUUCACAUAUCAGUUCAUCUUUAGAGGCUAAUUUCAAUCACAUGACUAAGAAACAUAGCUUUUUCUUACCUGAUGCAGGAUAUAUUGCUGACUUAGAAGGACUUGUUAUAUACCUAGGUGAAAAAGUAGGUGUUGGUCAUGUUUGUCUGUGGUGUAAUGAGAAAGGGAAGGCUUUUCACUCAGUUCAGGCUGUACAGAAACACAUGUUAGACAAGGGACAUUGUAAACUUCUACAUGAUGGGGAUACAAUGUUUGAAUAUGCUGAUUACUAUGAUUACAGGAGCAGCUAUCCAGACUUUGAUGAAGCUGCAGGAGGUGGUGUAGAAAGUAUGGAAGUGGAUUCUGAAGAAGUUGACCCACAAGUUCUGCUUGAUGAUGGAUAUGAAUUAGUAUUACCUUCAGGUGCAACUAUUGGCCAUAGGUCAUUGAUGAAAUAUUACAAACAGAAUUUACCUCACAGAGAAUCAAGCCAGAACAAGAAUGUUUUACCUAAAAUGUUGGCACAGUACAAAGCACUUGGGUGGACUGGUUGUACAGGUGAAGUAUCACAGAAAAGAGUUAAAGAUCUUGGUUACAUGCAGAGACUUAAGAAUAAGCACACAUUAAGACUUAGUAAAAAGGCCAAUAAAUUCCAACCUCACUACAGACCACAAGUGGUGUUCUAGGAUGGAUUCCUUUGUUAACAGUCAGAAUUGUGAUUUUGAUAAAUAAAGUACAAUUACAAAUAAAAACAGAAAAUGAUUGUUACAUGUAUAAUUUAAUUGUUACAGCUGAUAAAACAUGCUGAUUAAUUAUGAUCCUAUGUAUGUGAUAUGUUUAAAAAAAAAUUAGUGUUAUGCAGAAAAGGAUGUAUACAAAUAUUAAAAGACUUUUCAACAAA